UGUGAAAACAGCAGACGGAUAUUAGACGGUGCUAAGGACCUGCACCUGUGGCAGCUGACGGGGAAGCGGACAUGUUGGCACGGUCAUGCCGGUGGGGGUCUGAACGCAGAUCCCAAGAAUGUGCUGAAAGAGGUGGACUCCAGGAAAAUCCUGGCGGCGAUGCUGUCAUACGUGUGGCCCAAGGACAGACCUGACUUACGGGCACGAGUAGCCAUCUCUCUGGGCCUGCUGGCUGGAGCCAAGGUUACCAACAUCAUGGUGCCCUUCAUGUUUAAAUAUGCAGUGGACGGCCUGAACCAGAUGUCGGGAAACCUGCUGAACCUGAGCGAGGCACCAAACACCGUGGCGACCAUGGCGACGGCCGUCCUCAUUGGCUAUGGGGUGUCACGAGCCGGAGCUGCUCUCUUCAACGAGUUGAGGAAUGCUGUCUUUGGGAAGGUCGCCCAGAGCUCUAUCCGCAGGAUAGCCAAGAAUGUCUUCCUGCACCUGCACAGCCUGGAUCUGGGAUUUCACCUCAGUCGCCAGACGGGAGCGCUGUCCAAGGCCAUCGACAGGGGCACACGAGGCAUCAGCUUUGUGCUGAGCGCUCUGGUCUUCAACCUGGGGCCUACCGUCUUCGAAAUGGCUCUCGUCAGCACUAUUUUGUAUUAUAAGUGUGGCGGCCAGUUUGCCUUGGUUACUAUUGGGACCCUUUCAACGUACGCAGCAUUCACCGUUGCGGUCACACAGUGGAGGACCCGUUUCAGGAUAGAAAUGAACAAAGCUGAUAACGACGCUGGAAACGCUGCCAUCGAUUCCCUUCUGAAUUAUGAGACUGUGAAGUAUUUCAACAAUGAAAAGUAUGAAGCAGAGAGGUACGAUGGCUUCCUGAAGACCUACGAGUCAGCCUCCCUGAAGACCACGUCGACGUUGGCCAUGCUGAACUUUGGGCAGAGCGCCAUCUUUAGCAUUGGCCUGACCUCCAUCAUGGUGUUGGCCAGCAAGGGCAUCAUGGCAGGCACCAUGACAGUUGGGGAUUUGGUGAUGGUCAACGGGCUGCUCUUCCAGCUUUCGCUACCUCUCAAUUUCCUGGGCACUGUGUACAGGGAGACCAGGCAGGCCCUCAUUGACAUGAACACCCUCUUCACCUUGCUCAGCGUCGACACCAAAAUCAAGGAGAAAGACCGCCCCCCGCUGGUGGUGUCGGCCCAGGAGGCCACCAUCCGCUUCGAGGACGUAUACUUCGAGUACCUGGAGGGGCAGAAAGUGCUCAACGGGGUGUCAUUCGAGGUGCCCGCCGGGAAGAAGGUCGCCAUCGUAGGAGGCAGUGGCUCCGGGAAGAGCACAAUUGUGCGCUUGCUGUUCCGCUUCUACGAGCCCCAGCAAGGCAACAUCUACAUUGCGGGCCAGAACAUCCGUGACGUGAGCCUGGAGAGUCUGAGGAGGGCCGUGGGUGUUGUUCCGCAGGAUGCCGUGCUCUUCCAUAACACCAUCUAUUACAACCUGCUCUGGAAUGUCCACGCCUCCCCUGAAGAGGUGUACAGGGUUGCCAAGCUUGCGGGUAUCCAUGACGCUAUCCUCAAGAUGCCCCAUGGGUAUGAGACCCAGGUGGGGGAGAGGGGCCUCAAGCUCUCAGGGGGGGAGAAGCAGCGCGUGGCCAUUGCCCGGGCCAUCCUGAAGAACCCGCCCAUCCUGUUGUACGACGAGGCCACGUCUUCCCUGGACUCCAUCACCGAGGAGAAUAUAUUGAGCGCCAUGAAGGAGAUGGUUAAGGACAGGACGUCUGUCUUCAUCGCCCACAGACUGUCCACCAUUGUGGACGCUGAUGAGAUUUUAGUCCUGAAUAAGGUAAGGAUAACACUCUUUGCUGUCCACGAUAUGUACCGGUGUAAACCUGUGCCAUGAAGAGCAGAAAACCAUAUUUGGUGCGGAUGCUAUGGACCUGUCAUCUCAACUUCUGACCUCAGUUUGCUCAUUUGCAAAGGUCACAUGGCCAGCGUCAGUCUGCCUCCUUCAUCACGGACCAAUCAUGUGCUGCUAUGGAGGAUUGGUAAUUACCGAUUGGAUAGAUAACCCA